CACACAAUCAUUUUUCGUCGGCGAGCUGCGACACUCCUCAUACUUAUAACCCGUAGGACCUCUCCGACAGUUUGUCAGAGAAAUCCCAGUUUUGCGACUAACCCCCAACUUCUUACCUGACCGUUCGCCCUGUCAUCUCGCGACAUUGCGGUGAAUUGCGCGAUUCUACCCCAUCUUCUUCGGUAACCGCCUAUACACACUGUUUAGGGUCCAAGAAAAGAUGUCGCACAUUCAAGAUCUGGAGAAGAACCCCGUGGAGUCGGGUGUUGGUAGCAUCCCUUCAUCGGCAGACUACCCUUACGAGGAGGCGGCUGUUCCUGGCGAGAGCUUCGAAUAUGGCGAUGGCUACUACGCCAAGAUGCAGCGCCUGGCUGGCAAGUUCAACAUCGAGCAGCGCGGUAUUGAACGCGUGCCCGAAAAUGAGAGAACAGAGACCGGCAUCAAGGCCUUGUUGAACGUCAUGACAAUGUGGCUCUCAGCAAACAUGGUCGUUUCUUCGUUCGCCAUUGGUAUUCUCGGACCCGGGCUGUUCUUCACUGGAUUCGCCGAUGGUAUCUUGUGCAUUCUAUUCUUCAACAUCAUCGGUAUCAUUCCCGUGUCGUUCUUCUCGGCUAUGGGUCCCAAGUUUGGUCUCCGUCAGAUGGUUCUGUCCAGAUUCUGGUUUGGAUGGUAUGGCGUGAAGCUCAUUGCUAUUUUCAACGUUAUUGCUUGCAUCGGCUGGUCUUCAGUCAACUCGAUCGUUGGUGCUCAGCUGCUCAACACCGUCAACGAAGACGUUCCUGGAUGGGCCGGUAUCUUGAUCAUUGCCUUCUGCACUUUCGCCAUCACCUUGUUCGGAUACAAGAUUGUUCACGCGUACGAGUUCUGGUCAUGGAUUCCAACCUUCAUCGUUUUCCUGAUCACUAUCGGCGUCUUCGCCAAGACUGGUGACUUCUACAAUAUCCCAUGGGAGACCGGCAAGACUGAGAUGGGCGCUUGUCUCAGCUUUGGAGCUACCAUCUACGGUUUCGCUACUGGUUGGACUUCAUACGCUGCUGACUACACCGUGUAUCAGCCCAGCACGCAGAAGCGCUGGAAGGUCUUCCUGUUCACCUUCGUUGGCCUGCUUUUCCCUCUUCUGUUCACGCAGAUGCUUGGUCUGGCCGUCAUGACUGCCACCAAGAUCAACGAUGGUGACAACAUUUAUGCUGCCGGUUACGCUAAGUCCUCGACUGGUGGUCUCCUCGGAGCUGUCCUGAUCCCUCACCUCGGUGGAUUCGGAAAAUUCUGCCUCGUCAUCCUGGCUCUUUCUAUCAUUGCCAACAACUGCCCCAACAUCUACUCGGUCGGUCUUACCGUCCAGGUGUUCGGAAAGUGGAUCCAGCGUCUUCCUCGCUUCAUCCUCACUCUCGUCGCCACCGGAGUCUAUAUUGCUAUUGCUAUUCCUGGCUACAGCCACUUCGAGGCCGUGCUUGAGAACUUCAUGAACUUCAUCGGAUACUGGCUUGCAAUCUACACCGGUGUCGCAUUUGCAGACCACUUCGUCUUCAAGCGCAGCCUUGACGCUUACGUGAUCUCGAAUUACGACAAGCCCAAGAACCUCGCCAUUGGCAUUGCUGCUGUCAUCGCCUUCUGCUUCGGUGUCUGCGGCUUCGUCCUCGGUAUGUCGCAAACCUGGUUCGUUGGCCCCAUUGCCCUUACCGCCGGUGACGCACCUUUCGGUGGUGAUGUUGGCAGUGCUCUCGGCUUUGCCUUUGGCUUCACCUCAUACCUGAUCCUCAGACCUCUUGAGCUCAAGUUCAUCGGCAGGUAAUGAAUUGCCACCUCGUUUUUUGUUGUUUUUAUUAUAUUUCUUCAAAAGAAUUUUAUGAUGGUUUUUGGUUGGAUGAUAUCCGAGUUUGAAAGGAAAAGCUCUCCCCUUGUACAUAGACAGAUUAUGGAAACACUACCUAACGAUACCUAGGCUCCUCAGAUGUAGGACCUAGGAUCAUUUCUUCACUAC